CAAUACAAUACAAUCAGGAGGGCAGCGGAAGUGUUUAGUUGCAUUAUUUUCAACAGAGAGACCGGUGAUGCUGUGCACAAUGUCAACGUUGUGUUGAUUGGGCCGUGUUGGUUUGGGGGUAAUUUUUGGGUCUAAACAUGGGAAAGCUGCUUUAUUUUGUUUCACAUCUGUAUCUGUUUAGUGUGGUGACUGCAAGUGUGUGUGUUCAUCGGCCACCAGGCCGAGACGAGAUAAAGUAUGGCGUUCAUUUGGACCAAACACCAACAGGCCGAUUAAGAAAAAGAAGUGCGUCUCAUCCCCUACGCAUCCAUGUGGAAUAUGAAGAUGAUGUUGAUAAGCUACCUGCAGCUACCUCUUUUCUAGUCAAGAAUGAUCUGUUGCCCGCUGCCGUCUUACUUUUAUCUCGUAUGCUUAAUGUUUGGUCGUCAGCUACAGGCCCUGUUAGGCUAAAUAGAGCAUGUGCCUACUCGCAUUACUACACCUUGCCUAAUGAUACCCAUGAGUACUGCCUUGGUGCUUGUGGGAAUGUCACACAAUGUGGGCCUGUCACGAUACCUAACAAACAUCUUCAUGCGUGCUACACGUGUGAUGAGAGCCAGAGCCAGUGUAAACAAAGCGGCGGGGAGACGGGUCCAGGGGUGGCUGACACGGAUUUCAUUCUCUACGUCACCGCGGAGAUGACCUCUGAUUGUCUGAUAGAGGACACAACGGCGCAUGCGUCUUUCUGUCAACUGGAGGCCACCCUGGAUAGGCCGAUUGCUGGCUACAUAAACCUGUGUCCGAGCGCUCUGAGCACCGAUCCAUCCCACCGCACCAUGCAACUCACCACCGUACAGCAUGAGAUUAUUCACUCAUUGGGUUUUACUGCCGCCUUAUAUGCCUUUUAUCAUGACAGUGAGGGUCUGCCGUUUACGCCUAGGGACCCAUCAGGUCUACCACCGUUUAGUGAAAGCCUUGGACUGUACCAAUGGAGUGAUAGGGUGAUUAAAGAGCUUAAACGGACGGACUGGGAUGUACGAGGAGGCCAGAUAACACAUACGAUACACACAAUGGUCACACCUAAUGUUAGGAGGGAGGCUAGAGCGCAUUUUGACUGCCCAGUCAUGGUUGGAAUGGAAGUAGAGAACAACGGAGGUUACGGAACAAAAUUAACUCAUUUUGAAAAAAGACUUCUGGAGAAUGAAGCUAUGACCGGGACACACACCCAUGAGCGCGUCUUCUCUCGUCUGACUCUAGCCGUCUUAGAGGACACGGGAUGGUACCAACCCAAUUACGACAUGGCUGACCCUCUGGACUGGGGCAAAGGACUUGGAUGUGAUUUUGUUAGAAAAAGCUGUAAAUAUUGGAUGGAUAAACAACGCGAAUCUCAGGAAAAAUUGAGCCCUUUUUGUGAUGUAAUACGUGAAGAGCCAUUCACAUUGACGUGCAGUGUGGGUAGAAAGUCAGUAGCUCUGUGUAAUCUACAUCAAUACAGCACGGACUUGGAUCCCAAAUAUCAGUAUUUUGAUUCAUUGCCGGGAGUUAGUAGCGAAGAUUUAGCAAAAUAUGGCGGAACGUCUGAGUUAGCAGAUUAUUGCCCUUUUCAUCAGCAAUUUAAUUAUAAAGAACCAAGUGGUGCUAAAAAAUCUACAACGUGUCAAAUUUCAGCAAAUACACCAAGUAGAAGUGAGAAUGUAGCCGCAGAGUAUUAUGGGAUGGGGUCAACGUGUGUAGAGCACGGGGUAGCCUGGCGACAGUCACAGUGUGAUCAAUAUCAAGCACAGCAAACAUGGGGAGCAGGAUGUUACCAGUAUUCUUGUGGUAAAGAUGGCCUUAAAAUCACCAUAGAGGGGGUAAACUAUUUGUGCUCCUGGGAAGGUCAGUCGAUCGCAAUCAGGGUUACGUCGUCAGAAUACCUCCACACAGGAAAGAUUGUCUGCCCGUCUUGUCAAGAACUCUGCGGAUCAUUAUGUCCUCGAGGUUCCAAACGUGGAAAAACUCUGGAACUUACAGUUAGUGAACCCGGUGAUGAAGGGGAAUGUCCCAAGCUAGCUUACGAUUCUAUCGGAGUAUGUUCAGAAGACUGUAUCAUUAGUGACCAGAGUUGCGGUUAUGGCAAGAAGUGCUGCUCCAAUGGCUGUGGGCAUAGGUGCAUGAAGAUAGUCAAAUCUUUAUCAACAGAUGAACCUUGUCCUGGUUUAGCCCCGGAUGUCGCAAGGUCAAAGGUCACGGUAGUCACUGUUUUACUUUCAUUGUCUUUCACUCUACUUUUCACAAAUUUAUCUUUAUAAUUUUGUUGCUUGCCUUAAAAAAGAAUAACAUUUCAUAAAGCGACCAAUUUCUUGUUCUUUUGUAUCUUUGUACAUUGCUCCAAAAUUUGCCCACGUCAUUCCUCUUUUGUUAUUCUUGAGUGAUUACCGAAACCAUCAAACUCAAAAACUCAUCGCCUCUCGCUUUUUAAAAAUUAACUUCCGCAAAAGUAUGUAUUUAAACACUUCAUCCCAAUAAGCACAUAUUGUUGGUAUUUUGAUCAAAUUUUGUUUAGUGCAAAGGUAAAAAUAUGGAGAAAAAAAAUUGUUUGUAAUGUACACGUAGAAACAUUUAAUUAGGAAAAUAUCAUUUCAACACUUUGCGUUUACUUGAACCUUUUGGGUUGAGCUGUAGUAAGUCCAAUCUUUCAUGCUGUUGCAAUCAGGUACAAGCAGGCGUGAUGUUACUUUAAUUUGAUUUCUGAUGUCUGUAAAACUACGCAAAAAUGUUACUAUACAUAUGCCUUUAAAUCUCUCAACUGGGCCCAAUUUCAUAGAGCUGCUAAGCACAAAAAUUUGCUUAGCAUGAAAUUUCUUCCUU